UUACCAUCAAAUCACAAUCCAACCAAAAAAUAAAAGUCAAUCCGAUCAAUAAGAACAUGGUAAAAGUUCCAAGAAUCAAAUUGGGUUCACAGGGUUUAGAAGUGUCAGCUCAAGGUUUGGGUUGCAUGGGUAUGUCUGCUGUUUACGGACCCCCAAAACCCGAACAUGACAUGAUCAACCUCAUCCACCACGCUAUUGACACCGGUAUCACCCUACUCGACACAUCCGAUGCCUAUGGCCCUCACACCAACGAAAUCCUACUCGGAAAGGCUUUGAAGGGAGGAGAAAGGGAAAAAACUGAGUUAGCUACCAAAUUCGGGAUCAAGUUUGAGAAUGGAAACCGUGAGGUGUAUGGUGAUCCGGAAUAUGUCAGGGCUGCUUGUGAAGGUAGCUUGAAGCGGCUUGAGGUUGAUUGCAUUGAUCUAUAUUAUCAACACCGAAUUGACACACGUGUGCCCAUUGAAAUCACGCCUCUGAGAUUGUUUUGUUUACUUGAAAAGAUGGGAGAAAUGAAGAAACUGGUGGAAGAAGGGAAGAUUAAAUACAUAGGAUUAUCAGAAGCUUCAGCUUCAACCAUUAGAAGAGCCCAUGCUGUGCACCCGAUAACUGCUGUUCAACUAGAGUGGUCCUUAUGGUCCAGGGAUGUCGAAGAUGAAAUUAUCCCUACUUGCAGAGAACUUGGCAUUGGAAUUGUGGCAUACAGUCCUCUAGGACGCGGAUUUCUUUCAUUGGGUCCGAAGAUGGUUGAGAAUUUGACAGAUGGCGAUUUCCGCCAGAAUCUACCAAGGUUCCAACCUGAGAAUCUUGAAAAUAACAAAAAGUUGUAUGAGAGAGUUAGCACGAUUGCACUAAAGAAAGGGUGCACCCCAUCACAGCUAGCAUUAGCAUGGGUUCACCAUCAGGGGAAUGAUGUGGUCCCCAUACCAGGAACCACUAAGAUUGAAAACCUUCAACAAAACAUUGGAGCUUUAUCUGUGAAACUAACACCACAAGACAUGGCUGAACUUGAAUCCAUUGCUUCAGCUGAUGCAGCUAAGGGUGAUAGAUACAUGGAUGGUUUCCCCACCUAUCUAAACUCCGACACCCCACCUUUGUCUUCAUGGAAAGCUUAGUAAACACAUCUGUUUCUUUAUCACCUUUUUGUGUUAUUAUGUUGUGUCUAUCAUUGUACUUUUGAGGUUAUGACUUCUGAUAAUAAACCUCAACUGUUGUACUAUUUUUGAGUGAAUUUUGAAAUAGUAGUGACCUAUUUAGUAAA